AUGGAGGCGGCCGCGGCGCGCGGCAAGAACGGGGACUGGCUCUAUUGUCUUGAACUCCUGGAGUCUACGGGCAUCGUGGUCGUGCCCGGCAGCGGCUUCGGCCAAGCGGAGGGCAGCCUGCACUUCCGGUGGGCGGGCAUCCCCGAGCGCCAGCCGGCUGGCCGGCCGGCUGGCCGGCGGACGCUGCUCGGGGGCGGCGCCACCACGUUCCUGCCGCCCGAGGAGGACAUCAUGGGAGUCGUGGAGAAGCUGGGCGCCUUCCACGCGAACUUCCUCAAGAAGUACGGCGGCCUGCCGCCUGCGCCGGCCAACGGCCUGUGA